GCACUUAAGAGGGUUUAUCUUUUCUCAGGGCACAAGGUAAUUUAAUGUUUAGCCCAUAUUUUUUUCCGUCAUUACCAGCAGCAUGAAUUCGUCUGGGUAUUGAUGAGGAAGUGAACACAAACUCACUCUCCUGUGCAUGAUAAUGAAGUUUUAAAUGCAAAAUUGCUGCAAAGCUCCUUUGCUACUUACUGAGCAGGUAUUGAGCUAAACGUUUGUUUUACAGGACUAACUGCUGGACUUAAUAGACACCAAAGCGAUGAUGGUAGGAGACGGCGUGUGACGGUGUGUGUGUUCGCGCAACAGCAUGUGGGCGUUUGUGUGAAGGAUAUGGAGUGUGAACUCUUCCGCGUGUCAGGGCUCCCUUGGGUACCUGCAUCAGUGCCUGUUUCUGCUGACAAAGCCCCUUUGCAUGUACUCACACACACAUCUUUGCAUGCAUUCUUCACUCAUUCCCUUCUCUUCUCUCUGCAGACCAACAGUUAAUCACAUUUUAGGCACAGACACCAGAAACUAGUUCACACAACACAUCCCGACAUGGGACUGUUCAGCGAGUUAUCAAACAGUGGGUCAAGAUGGACUGGAGAUGGAAAACCAGCGGGGAGGGGAUAAAAUUUUUAUGUCUUCAGACUUUGUUCUGCUACUGACAUUGGUUUGUGGUUUUGAUCAAUCAACAAAACAUAACAGAGCAAAACAGCUGCAUCAGUGGCUUCCUGUUUGCACCUCUGCCUAAAAAUAGAGCACAGUGAAGAACGCCCUUGCCCCACCCUCAUCAAUAUGUUUAGACAAAUUUACAUAACUUGUGUGUUUUACCAGAGUUCUUAUCAUUAUACUAUCUUUUUCACCUAUGAGCAAAUGAUUGCUAUUGGUGUGUAUGCUGUAUAAGCUCAUAGUGAAGUAUUGUGUAACAGGCGCCAUUGAUAAAAAGAUCAUCACUGUGGAAUGAGGAUGAUGAGAAAGGAAACCCCCUCGUCAAACAGCAGGAGGAUCGACUGACUGGAACCAUGACCCAUUCAGAAGCUGAACGGUCAACACUCUAUUCUACCAAUGAGCAAAAUGCAGAGAAGAUCUUCAGAGGCCUUUUAGAAUGGCUGAGGCUGGACAGAAGCAGAGCUGCUUUGUACAAAAUGAUCCAUGUUUACCUGCAUCCAUGCAGCUCCAGGGCUCCUUUUAAUGAUGCCUCAUUUGGUCCUUUUGAAUAACUUGUGGCCCACUCUGAAAAAGGCCUUCCAUUGUGAUUUACAGCUUAGUCUGUCAAUGUUCCCCUGCCUCUGACCUCUCUGCUGCCAUGCGGUUAGCCCCAUGAGGCUCCGAGAGCCCUUCCUUUUGUGUCUUUGAGGCCUCCUCCCCAAUCUAUGGAGGCUGAGCCCAGCCGUCCGCCUGAUGGGGAGCGCUCUGGAAGGCAAGAGCAGCAGCAUGUAACAGCUGAAUCCUCCGUAGGAUCUUGUCCACCUCAGCAGCCCCAGCAGCCUCCUAAUGCUCGUCCUGUACACAGAGCCUUGGGCCGCCUGCAAAAUCGCCAACCCAAACGCACUGACCUUCUGCUUCGGUUGCAGCAGCAGCAAGCAGUAGCAUGGCAGCAUUCAGACACCGCCGGUCCCUCAGGAGGCAGCUUCUUCUCUCCAGCUUCCUCAUCAUCCUCAUCCCUCCCAUCUACUUCUUCCACCCAGGGUGACCAUGGUCAUGGAGUCCCAUCUCAGUCCAGCCAGGAGGGCCUAGAAGGGGUCAGCUCACCCAGAAAAGGGGAGAAGAAACCCCCAAAACCAGGGAAAUAUGUCUGCACUUACUGUGGCCGUCCAUGUGCCAAGCCAAGUGUUCUUCAGAAACACAUUCGCUCCCAUACAGGAGAAAGACCCUACCCCUGUGCCCCCUGUGGCUUUUCUUUCAAGACCAAGAGCAACCUAUAUAAGCACCGCAAGUCCCAUGCUCAUCGCAUUAAAGCAGGCUUGGCGUCCAGUCGUGAUGAGCCUAGUUUAAGUGGACCAGAGGGCAGUGUUGUUGGAGAAGACCCUGAGGAACACACAGAGGGAGAAAGCACUGAGUCUGAAGAAGAGACUGGCCAACACAGAAAAUCCUCCUCUAAGGAGAUGUUGGGAAAGCAGAGAAAAGGUGGGAAGGAGCUGCUGGGAAGUUCAGAGGAGAGCCAAAGGCCUGAAGACUCUCAGGCUGUGAAGCAGAGGCUGGCACUGAGGCUCAGUGAAAGGAAACGUGGCCCAAUGGCUUCUCCAGAUGACCCUCCUUCCUCCCUCUCCACCUCAUCUUCUUCCCUAGGCCCUGGCAGUAAGGGCAGCACAGAAUCUGGCUACUUUUCUGGAUCAGGCAGCACUGAUCUCUCCCAAGUUAGCCCCCCCAGUGCCAGUGCCAAAACCUACGCAGAAAUUAUUCUAGGGAAAUAUGGAAGGCUCGGAGGGCAGCAGCGCAGUCCCCAUCAGCAGCAGCAACAGCCUCAUUCUUCACUUUCUUCAUCCUCAGGAACAGAGGACAAGAGCAUUCCAUUUGCUGUACCCAAAACCCAAGUAAUAGAACACAUUACCAAGCUCAUCACUAUCAAUGAAGCGGUAGUAGACACCAGUGAGAUUGACAGUGUGAAGCCCAGACGGUCCUCUCUUUCCAGGAAGAGCAGCAUAGAGUCACCCAAAUUUACUACCCAUAAAGAUCCGUACAUAUUUGAUCCCAAAGGAGAAGCCCCUGGCCCGAGUGGUUUGAGGCACAAUCCUGAGGCAGAUUUACCAGGUACCCAGGAGCUGUCAGCAGUGCCUCUGCUUAGAAGCCACUCAAUGCCAUCGUCUACCAGCCAAGGAGAGCCCUCCACCUCUGGCACCGUGCCUCCCAGAGGUUACCGCCUCUGCCAGUCAUUUGAUGAACAGCAAGCAAUGGUAGCAGAGAUGAGGGUUGGCCAUACCCAGCGCAUGCUGAGGCGCCAGCCUGCUAUAGAAGUUCCACUGGGAUCUGAGCUGCUGGAGGAGGCCAGUUCCAUCACUUCAACCAGACAGACUGAACAUGCCAGGCAGCCACAGCAACAACAACAGCAAAGUAGUUCGGGCCUGUUUGAAUGUGAAAUUUGUGGAGCUCGCUUUCAGAACAGUGAAAGCUACAAGGCCCACAGGGCCAUGUGCCCAGGACAGCAAACAGUUGAACAAGAGAGCAGGGAUGUGAGUAAAACAUGCAGGGAGGAUCGCCCCCAAAUGAUGAUGCACUAUAAGUUCAGAGCACUGGCCAUGGCUGUGAGGAAGAGGAGAAAAGAGGAAAGUCUGGAGGAGGAUCCUCCCAGCCCUGGAUCUGUAGCUAUAUCAGGCAGCUCUGCAGGCCUCAGUCCUGUGCCAAGCAGACCAGAGCACAGCCAGGCCCUCUCAGGUGUUUCUUUUCAGACUGAGCCAAAACAACAGGACAGGAAGGGUGUGUCUGUCAUCCAACACACAAGCUCUUUUGAGAAGCAGGAGAGUAUGGAAAGUCAAGAACCAGACCUUAGAGAAAGUCAGCAAACACAACAAGCCGAGCCAAAACCAUCACCGUCUACAUCUCGCCUCACCCGCCAGCCAAACAUUCAAGUGCCAGAGAUCUUUGUUACUGUGGAGCCUGAUGCUGACAUGCCAUCUGUGUCACCACCAGUGACAGCAUCAUUAUCCAAGGAGGCAGAGAGAGUGGAGGAGUUCCAGUGGCCUCAGCGUAGCCAAACUUUGGCCCAGCUCCCUGCAGAGAAGCUGCCACCAAAGAAGAAGAGACUCCGACUGGCAGAAGCAGCCCAGUCCUCCGGGGAGUCUAGCUUUGAGUCUGUGUCUCUGCCUCGCAGCCCCAGUCAAGAGAGCAGUAUUUCCCACACUUCAAGCCUUUCUGCGUCUUUUGAGGACACAGCAAGAUCAGAGUCUGUUGUCUGGGCCUCCAGUAGUCAAAGCUCCCAGAUGUUGACUGUGCCAUCCGCUUCCCACCAACACCACCAAAGCCACAAGGAGAUGAGGCGCUCAGCCUCAGAGCAAACCCCAACCAGCCCUCAACAAAUAGAGCAGAUCUCAGAGACCAGAAGUAAAUCCUUUGACUAUGGGUCCCUGUCCCCUCAGCAGCCUGCAUCCUCCUGGAAAGAGAGGAGAAAGUGUCUCCUUGUGAAGCAUGCCACCUUAGGGGAACCUGAGCAGGAAGAGGGGGUCAACAUGAGUCAGUUGUCUAGAGCAGAGAGUCCAAAGCCUGGGCCUUCGCAUGCCAUCCAUCCUCCUCUAUACUCAACUGAGGCAAGCUCCUGGUCCAGCCUGGAAACCACAGGGAAAGCCUUGCAGCUGUUACAACCACAGAUCUUCCCGGCCUCUCAGGAUGUGCUCCCUUUGCACCCCAGAGGUCAACAGCCAUUUUCCCCAGGAUCACUAUCGCAGCUACUCCCUGUCACCACUGCCUUCUCUGAAGUACUGUCCACUCAAAUAAUCCACAGAGCCUUCCUGCAUUCACAGACAGGACCUCCACCUAUACAGAUACACCCAGCUCAGAUCCACAUGGCAGAACGGUUGGGUAUACCAUUCCACCAGCUUCCUGCUGUAGUUCCUCUCCAGUUCUCUUCCAGGAUGAGAGCUAGUCAGACUCUGUACUUGCCUUUUCCUCCAAGACCUGCUGCAGACAAUAGACUUGCAAUCUCUUCUGUGUCUUCUGCCCUUACCCGUCAAUCCCUUGUAACAAUCUCUUACCAUCACCCCCGGCCAGUCAUCGCCACAUGCCUUGCACAGCUCACACCAGUAGUGUCCCUUGUGGUGCCAGUGCGCCUCCAGACUCAUAUACCUACCUAUGCCAGUGCCAUGUAUACCACCCUCUCCCAGAUCCUGACCUCCACCCGCUCACAGGAACCCAUUUCUUGUACAGCGAUGGUCAUCAUGGGCCAGGUGGAGCGGGACAAGGUGCAACGGUCCUAUUUGAAGGUCCCCUCUCCAGAUGUCAAGAGUGUUGUACCCCUGUCUCUGCCCACGGAGCUGACCUCAGGAUCUGGGGAGGGAUACGGGCCACUGGGGGCUGGAGGAAGUAAACGCAUGCUUUCGCCUGCAGCCAGUCUGGAGCUCAGCACAGAAGCCCAGCGUCAGCAGAAAAGGGUAAAAGAAGAAGGGGAGGGGGACCACAAGGCAGGAGAGGAAGAGGUGGAGGAGAAUGUAGAGCGGACAGUAAGACAAGAAGAACAAAGUGAAGCCACUGGGAGAAAACUGGAAAAGGGAGAGAAGAAACACCCAGAGAGGGUUGAGGUGACAACUGUGAAAGUGGAGGGGGAGCACGAGCAACUACCAAGGAAAGAUGAUAGUGAGGAAAAAGAGAAGGAGGAAUCAACUAAGAAGACAAGUAAAGAAAAGCAGGAAGUGCCAGUUAUGCAAGAGCAAAGUGGAAGACAAAGCACCCCUUCAUUCCCUGGCCUCCACACCUCCACCUCAGUCAACUGGUGCUACCUGAACUAUGUCAAGCCCAACCCAUCUGCCCUGAGGGAACCUUGCGCGUCAGUUUAUUCUACCUGGAGUGUUAGUGCUCACAACCCCAACUUGCCAGGCCUCAGCACUAAGGUAGCGUUGUCUCUGUUGUGCUCCAAACAGAAGCACAGUUCAGAGACGUACACCAUGGCAAUGGCCCCGGCCCCAGCCAAGAGCAAACUGGCCCCUGCCAAUAGCAGGACCCAAUGUGUGUCAGAGGUAUGUGCCACCCCACCCAGCACCCUCACUAAAGUAAAGGAUGAGCAGCAACAUGAAAAGGAAGAGAAUAGAGAUAAAGAGAUAAGAGAAGAAGAAGGACCUUCCACCUCCAAACAGAGCGAGGCUUCUCGUCUUCGCAUUUUUGAAGGCGGGUUUAAGUCCAAUGAAGAGUAUGUUUAUGUGAGAGGUCGUGGCAGGGGCAAGUACAUAUGCGGAGAGUGUGGAAUCCGCUGUAAGAAGCCGAGCAUGCUGAAAAAGCACAUUCGAACACACACCGAUGUCCGUCCAUACAUUUGCAAACACUGCAACUUUGCCUUCAAAACCAAAGGGAACCUUACUAAACACAUGAAGUCAAAGGCUCAUGGGAAAAAAUGCCAGGCAAUGGGAGUAUCAGAGUCAUCAGUGGACGAGCCGGAGACCGAGGAAACAGAAACAGCAGGAAGUGAUGAACGUGUGUGUGGCUCAGAGGAACAGGAGGAACAUCAGUUUUCUGACGUAGAGGAGUCCGAGGACGAUGAUGACAAUGAUAAUGACGAUGAUGAGGAAGAGGAGUCUGCAUCCCAUGACGACCCACCAUCCUCCUGUUCAUCAGACACCCACCCAUCAAUGGGAGGGCAUUCCAGCUCUGGUAGGCACUCUCAGCAGGGCACUCCUGAACCCGAGCCCCCGGGCCCUGGUCCCAACCCCAGUCAGGAACACUCCCCAAGGGGAGUUUGGCCCAGCAGUCGAGCCGUGUCUCCCAGCAGCAGGAGAGCGCUGUUCUCCCGACGGGCCUGGAAGGCAUCGCCAAGAGCUUUUUCCCCCAGCAGUGAGAGCUGUUCCCCCAGCCGCAGCCUCUCUCCACGUCUGGAGCUGUCCUCACCCCUUCACAGCCUCCCGCCCAGGACAGAGCUCUCCUCACCUAGUCGCCAUGUAUCACCUCCCCCUGAGAGAGGACCAUCUCCCAUCAGACCCCUUUCUCCUCUUCGUCCCAUUUCACCCAGCUGCUACGGGUCAUUGCAAAUUCGGACCCCUGGAUACCUGCCUUGGGAGAGCCCAGGUACAAAGACUAGAAAUGUCAAAGCGGAGAAAUGUGGUACAGCAGCAGAAGGCCCAACAUUGCCAGAAGCCAGCUUGUUUCCAUCUGCUUUUCGUUUUUCUACCUGUGAGGGUUUUCCUGUCCACCAGACAACAGACACCAUCUUCAGCCAUCUUCCCAUGCAUUCUCAACAAGCCAAGGUCCCCUGUCUCAUGAUCCCCAUUGGAGGGAUUCAAAUGGUACAGGCCAGACCGAGGUCCCACCCUACUACCCCCUCGUCCCCAACGUCUCCCCCCAUGGAGGGGCCGUCACUGGCCAGGUUUGAAUCAUACUGGGGCAGGACCCCCAGAACUCAAGGGCUUAGGACUCCUGGAGACCACUGGUCAGAGCACCAGGCAGCAGGAACCAGCCAGUCAGGGAGGUGCAUUCUCAGCACAGCACUAACAUGUUCCAAUCCGGAGUUGGAGACCAGAGACUCAAAGCAAUAUGGCAGCUCACAUAGCUCCACCCGCACCCAUAGGUCUGGUACUGAGACCACCGAACGCUGCGUCAGAGACAGUAGUUCAAGAGCAUCCCUCAGUUCAGCAGCUCCCGUAGCCUCACGUGUCACCGGACAGCAGCCAGAGGGGGAGGAGCCACAUUCUGGUGAUGGUGGGGUGGAGGGAAGAGCUAAAGGAGACUCAGCCAGAACAAACCAGAGCACGUAACAGUGUCUACACCUUGAUGCAUCAUGCAUCCCAUUUUGCUUUACUGGUUGCUACACUAGUCUUGUUUUUUUAUUGCUUUGUUUUUAUACAGUUUUCAAUACUAUUGUUAACUUAAAUGUUUGUUCUUUGGCAAUAUUCAGGUUUGUUAUAAAAAUGCACUUUUUGCUUUAAAAUGAGAUAAAAAUAAUGUUUAUCUAUAUAUAUAAAUUACACACACACUAUAUAUAUAUAUAAAUUACACACACACACACUGUGUGUGUGUGUGUGUGUGUGUGUGUGUGUGUAUCUCCCUCCUGUAUCUCUAUUGAUACUGGGCAUCUUAAUGUCUGUUUAAAUAUGUGUAAAAGGAAUAUGAAUGAAUUUGUAAAUGACCAAAUCUUUAAUCAAAAAUAAUUCCAUUUUUUGUUUGUCCAAAUUUUGUCCAGUAUUACUCAAAUUGUAUUUACUUGUGCCUUUUCUGUCCAGGUUUGUGUUUUGAGAUGUACAGUAUGGAUAGACAAAGAGAUGGCUGUGAAAUUAAAUUUUAUAUCUGCUUUUCUGUGUCAUUCAGGAGGGUUAAUAUAUGGUGUUUUGAUUUUUUAUUUUUUUUAUGUUCCAUUGCUUUAAUGCCAGGGUAACAGAGAGUCACUUUGUGAAGAUAUUGAAGGAGCAGUAGAAACAUGUCAAAGGAAUUGCACUGAAGUUCUAUUUUUUAUUACAAAAGAUUUUAGAUUAGACUAUAUCUCAGUACAGGGAAGAGUGCUCCUUAUUUAUUGUUAUUUGAUGACAACGAUCAUUAUUUCAAGGUUGUUUUCUUUUUUACUUUUUUAAUGGAAAAGGACGUUUUUUGUUACAUCUGUGUGUCUUUUUCAUGAUGUUCUUGUGACUUGAACUGGUAACAGAGAUGAGGGAUGGUUUGGAUGGUACUAGAGGAUUAAGUGCCCUGCAGAUUUCACACACAGCAAAAUUUCUAGUCAUUGAAGAAAUAAAAAAUGCACCAGA